UUUUUGCAAACUGGUAAUUGCAAGAACCAUUUGCUUCACUUUUUGCUUCUUCAGUUCGGAUUGUUUCUUUCUGCGGUGUAACAAUAUGGGAGAAGGAGAGUCAAAGUGUAAGGAAUGUGGCAGGGAAGCUGUGCAGGUUUCUGAUACACCAGACUUUUCCGGUUGGUGUCAAAGCUGUGUGACGAAUAAGCUUGCCAAAGAUGAGCUGGAAAUUAACAAAAUGAGAGGUGUUAACGAACACGAAAAGGAAAAGCUCAAAGCAGAAUUAGAUAAGCAGAAACGAGAAGCGGAACUGGAGCUGAAAGAGCGUGAGGCCAAACUUGAGAGGGAAAAGGCUCAGCAAGACAUUGAAGCAAAAAAGUCGAAUCAGUUGGCACAACUUCAAGUUCAAAUGGAAAUGAACAAGGCAGAAUACGAAAAAGCAAAACAGCUAGACGAAAAGAAAGGCAAUGAAAUUAAACGUAAAUUGGAAGAAGAAAUGAAUACAUUGCAAAUCAGAGAAGAAAGGGUGCGAGUUCAAGCGGAGGAAAAAAUCAAGAAGGCUGAGUUACAGGAGAGGAAUGCAAUGGCUGAACUGAAAAUUGGGUUUGAAAAGCAAGAAAGAGAACAAUCACUCAAAUAUGAAAAAGAAAGUCAGGAUCUUGAUUUGCAACUAAAGAAACGUUCUGCUGCCUUUCAACAGCAUGCUGACAACGAACGGCUUGAAAUGGAGAAGGAAUUUGCCGGCAGAACAAAAGCUACGUUACAAUUGGCAACGUCAUCUGGGAGUACUGCAACCAUAAAGUUUGCAGAUGGUAUUGAUCCGGCCCUUGCCGCCUUGCUAGUCAACGUUGGCAAUCAGCCUGCAAUUCAGCAACCACAACAACCAGCUGUUGCAGCACCACCACCAGCACCACCGAUGGUUCCAAAAGAAACCGUACCCGGUCCAAUUGAAGAAACCGGUGAACGCAUGACAACCGAGCAAUAAUUGAAUAAUUGUCUAAUUGUUAGAAUUAGCCUUAACUUAUACCGGUAGAUCUAUAGCUUUUGAAAGAUGAUAAGUAACAUAAAAAUAAGUGGCUUACAUGCAUGGCUAUAUAAUUUCCAAUUCUUUUCACUGCAUGAAACAGCCAGCCAUUUAUAUAAUAUUCUACACAG